ACGAAAUUCAACGAAACAAUAUGGACGCCUAUUGAAUUUGCUUUUGUGAAAAAAUUUUGUGUACGCAAACAAAAGUUCUGUAAAUUAAUUUAAUUUAGUAGCCGCAUCGAAUCUGUACUGAAACAGUAAUUUUUUUAUAAAGACAGUGGUCACUAAUUGGCACUAGAACGGUGUUGCGUCGUUGAAAACAAAAAAAAAAUCAACACACACGAUCAAAAUCGUGAACUAAUAACAUCUAAACGGAAACAGCAAGCGCUUUAGAUAAAUUUAAUUUAUUUUAACUAAGAAAUAAAAAACACAAAAUUAUUCCAUAAUGGCAACAACACCAAGAGGCGGCGGGGCUGCUCAGCGACCCAAUGGAUCGACACAAGGAAAAAUUUGCCAAUUCAAACUUGUCUUAUUAGGUGAAUCAGCCGUUGGCAAAUCAUCGCUGGUUCUACGAUUUGUUAAGGGACAAUUUCACGAGUACCAAGAGAGUACGAUCGGUGCUGCGUUUUUGACACAAACCGUUUGUAGCGAUGACACGGCUGUUAAAUUCGAGAUUUGGGACACUGCCGGACAGGAAAGGUAUCAUAGUUUAGCUCCCAUGUAUUAUAGAGGAGCACAGGCCGCCAUUGUCGUGUACGACAUUCAAAAUCAAGACAGUUUUCAAAGAGCAAAAACUUGGGUUAAAGAGCUGCAAAGACAAGCAUCACCAAACAUCGUUAUAGCUUUGGCUGGAAACAAAGCUGAUUUAUCAAAUAGCCGUGUCGUAGAAUAUGAGGAAGCGAAACAAUAUGCCGAAGAGAAUGGUUUACUAUUUAUGGAAACGUCUGCUAAAACCGCAAUGAAUGUUAACGAUAUUUUCAUGGCAAUCGCCAAAAAACUACCUAAAAACGAAGGAACUGGAACUCAAGGUAGUGGUCAGGGACGACGACUAGCAGAGAAUGAACAAAAUAGACAGUCAAAUAAUUGUUGCAAGUGAUGUUCUUCAAGUAAACAAAUCAACAUUUUUAUUUUUAUUCAAUUAAAAUCACAAAUUUAAAAUACAAGAAGUGAACCUUAAGUUUUGUAUUUGGAGAGAAGAAAGAAGAAGAAAAGAAAAGCAAAAAUUGGGAGAGAAAAGAAAAAUGAUAAAAGAAUGAAAAGUGAACCGAAAAAUUAUCUAAUUACACCGCAUGAAAAUCAAUGUUCGUCUUAUUAUUUCCACACACACACACAUAAAUAACCGGAUUUUAAAGGCCAACUGCCGGGGUGUAGGGUAAGGCGAUGAGAAUUGUUUUGAUUCGGAAACGAAAUCUAUUUUGGCAGUUCGUCAGUGUCGACAAUUUGUCGAAACGUUUUUCAUUUGUUUUUGCUAAUUUCACUGUUUUGUCAAUGGGUUUGAGCAGCAAGAAUUAUUUUCGGGAAAACAUUUUUCCAUAUUUUCUUGAAUUUUCCUACAUUUUCCUUAAUUUUCGCAAGAAAAGUAUUUGGAAAACUUUGAAAAAUUGUGAGAAAAGUCUGGAAAAUGUUUGAUUGUUGUAACCUGUUACAAACGGCAACCGUAUCACGAUAUAAAAUCAAAUCACUCAGUCUGCUACUACUUUUGUUUAAAACAUAAAACCUGAUGGUGAACUUCUAAACGCAAAAUCUUUUACUUCAUUAGUUUUGGCAGGCGCCCCUUUUCCUAUAUAAGACAAAACUAACCAAAGCUCAGCGUUUAUUUUAUGCUUUGUCGUUGUUGUCAUUAAUCAUCACUUUGCUACGCAUACUACUAACAACAACAAACAUUUGAGUAAAUAAUAAAACAAACAAACAAAAAUGUUUCCAUUCAAGAACAUUCCGAGCAUUCGUUUAAUGAUAAUAAUUUUAAUGAUUUUCAUGGCAAUAAUAUUUUUAUGCUCGCGCUCUAUAAACAAUUCCAUUGUUUGACCAGUCAUCACGUCGUCCGAUUUCUCAUCAUUUUAUUCCGCUCACUGUUGGAGAAUUGUAAGAACCGACAAUUUCAAUUUUAAUUCUCUUAUUAUACCACAUGAGAACGACAUUACGGCACAUACGGAUGUGUAUGUAUAGUAACGUCGAUAUAUGACAUGAAUGUGGAACGAGAUAAAUUGGAAAUUGUCGGUUUAUGUAAUUUUCUCCCUGUCAAUUUUUAGUUGUUUUUUUUCACAUUUUCGUCUUUUGAGACUUUAGGUAUUGGUUCUACGAAAAAUUUCCUUUCAUAAAUUUUCCCAUUUUUCUAGACUCUAGGACUCCCUACCAGUAAUCUUUUGUAUUCGACAAAUGAAAAACUUAAAUGAGGAAAAAAGAAAAAAAAUCCGACGAAAUAUUUGUAAUGUUAACUUCGAUCAAUGUUUACAGUUUUCUCAACCAAAAAAAAACCUUUUACAUGCUACAUGCGUCGAAAACCAUACUUUUCGUGUUUCAAGCACUACUUUCGAUGCCCUAAGCAUAUAAAGUCCAUUAACCUUGGAAUACAAAGUUGAAAAUUCAAGUUUUCGUACAUUUACUAACCUCGGCUUUGUCUCGGAUCAACAAGAUUCACACGAAAAUUUACCUUUUCAACUUUAGAUCUCUAUAGUUAUGUAAGUGACUAUUCCCUUUUCGUUUCUUUUAUUUGUUUUCAUCAUAUGACUUGUUGCUUCUCUGUGCUGAGUAAAUCACAUUUUUAUGGAAAAAAAAUGAAUAGUUUAAGUACACAAACAAUGUAAAAAAGAAAGAAAUUAAUCCCAAAGUGUACAGACUAUAAAUUAUUUUCAAAUUUGAAUUCAGAGUCUUAAACAAAUUGUUGGAUUCGAAUUUAUGGUUUUUUUUUGAUGGAACGGUAAAGAAAAAACUACAAGACAGAAAAUUUUUGGUUUAAAUUUUGAUUUCAACUGACCCGCGAAUUAUGUAAUAUAUAAAUGAAGUAAAAAAAAUGAAAAAAAAAA